UCACAGUUCGAAGCCGCCCGGUGAUCGCGGGAGGGAAGGUCGGCCUACAGUCCGUCGGAAUCCCGUUUGUGUGGUCAGUCCCCGCGUAGCUUUGCGUCAGGCAGCAUUGGGAAGGAGCGAAGAACUCAACACAGAUCCUGAGCUGCUUGCUGCGUUAUCAACUCUACAAUGCCGAUAUUGACCAAAUGCUGCUGUUGUGGCUCGCUCAGAGCUGGAGCCAUCAUAAGUGGAGUCCUUGGUGUGGUAGUUGCUAUACCAACACUGAUUCUGAUCCUUGUGUUGAACAUAAAAAUGAAGACAAUCAUCAUUGACACAUUGCCACAAGAAGUAGUGAAAAUCAUUAUUGCGCUGAAUCUGGUAAUGACGGUGCUCAUUUCUAUUCUGCUCAUAUGGGGAGCAGUGAAGCGCAACAAGUUCUUGAUGCUGCCAUGGAUAAUGCUGUCUAUCAUGAUUGCAAUCGGUGGACUCAUUUCAAUCAUCUGGACAGUAGUAGAUCUUUACAAUACAAACUAUGAUACAUUUGCAACAUUAGUCCUUGUGUUUGGACUUAUUGGCGUUGCUUUGGUGGUCUACCUGUGGUUAGUGGUACUGAGUUACUAUCAACUGCUGGUAGAAGAGUCUCACCGUGGGACAUACGGUAAGGUACCAUACCGCCGAUAAAUCAGCGCACAGAGGAACCCCAACACUGAGGUGUUAAUCAAUAUACAUACAAUAGUGUGGAAUAAAGCUGUCUGCAAUACUAGCAAAAAGGUGCUGUCUAGAACAACGUGUUGACUCCUGAAGACUUGAAACGUGCCAUACAACUUAUGUAUAUGGUUGACCCUAAAAUGGUAACUAAUAGUAUAACAACGAAAAGAUAUAACAUGGGCAGUCAGUAAAAUAUUCAGGGGCAAUACAUGAGAAAUUACCAAAAAAUGAAUGUGUUACUUAUUCUACAAACAGUAUCCCAAGUCCAACAACUAUUUAAUAACAUUUAUCAUCACUAAUAAUGGCACAUUUGAUUAUUAACUUUUAUCAUACAGGUAUAUGAGAUUUUAAGACCUCAAACUAAAAGGCUGCCAGUUGGACUGUAACUAUGUGUUUUAACAAGUUAAUAAUAUGCUACUGCAUGUGAAGCAUCGAUGUACUGUUGGUAGAGGUUAACACUCUUAGCUAAUGUCUUCAAACAUGUGUAAAGCAACAGGGGCUCUAUGUUUAUAAUUCCAACAAUAGGUAUGUUGAGAUUUUAUUACACAUGAAGAAUAUGUGCGUAAUGUGCCACAAUACUUUCAAUGGAAUAGUCCUGGUUGCUCAAGAAAUACUUCAAUACUUGGUUGCUGUAGUCAGAUUUCUCUAAUAAACUGUCAGUAUAUGACACUGAGAUAAUUGAGAGAGUAAACCUAGUCAUUGUUAAAAAUUAAUUUAAAGUUGUUUUAAAUGCUAUAAUGAAAAUAAUAAUAUAUCAACUCUGUAAUAUGGCUUCUGGAUGAGCAAAGACCGAUAUGCAAAUUAUUGCCCAUUCUAUACUUGAUUUGUCUAUGUUAAAAGGGCAGUUUGGUUUUUGUUUGACUUCUCUUAGCAAUAUACUAAGAUCCUGAAUACAGAAACUGGGUUUUUCUUCAAGAAACAUCAUAAAGUGAAUGUACUGUAGUUCUAGAACUUAAUGUUAAUUCAAUGUUGUUAUUAAUAUUUCAUAAUUAUAAUGCCAUAAAUCCCAUUAUCAUCAACAUAUUACAACUGACAAAUCAGAAAGUAGAGGUAUUUCCAACCAGUGCAGUACCUGGCAGUUCAGUACAUGACCUAAUAAGCUAUUCCCAACAUGAAUGCAGUACCUGUCUCAGUUUUUGCAAUAAUACCUAUUAUUAAUCCACCAAUUUAUUUUCACAGACUACAUUUAAGAUAAUAUUUCACUAGUCAGUGUCUGUUUAUAUUAAUUGUGUAUUUUCAUUUGUUUGACAUAAUGGAAACACAGUGAAUUAAAAUGUUAAGCAUCUACUUUUGCAGAGAAGUUACAGUUUAAUAUAAACAUGACAACUUACUGUAAAUGUAGAUCUAUCUAUCUCACCUUGCGAUUUUGUGUGUGUAUAUAUAUAUGUUUGAAUGUAUUCUGCAAAAUCUAUUUUUGUGUACAGAUAAAAUAAAUUAUAUAUUUUUAUUGUAUUAUGGUUUUGAUAUAUUUUAAUUAAAAUAAACAGAAGGGAGAGUACUUCAAUAUUUGUCAUAACUACUACUUUCCCAUUCUUACUGAAUUGCCUCUA